CGUUUUCCACCAUUGAUUAAAGCAGACGGCUAGUAAACGGAUGCUGUGCGUUUUUCGAUCGAUACUCGAAGUCUAGAAACACCUUACUGAAUAUCAUCUUCUCCGAACCUAUGGCUGUUUGUACCACGGAAACUGCUAUAUCAUGGCGAAUUCGUGGUGAGAGAUGGUGGUUUGAGUACGAGUGCCGACCAUCUGAAGGCGCUCAAGGGUCUGGAAAGGCACUUUCUCGGAGAUGGUCCAGCGACUCUGACGCCAAGCAUUUAUCCCAUGGCGAACACCCAGGGAUAUCGCAAGAGAUGGCAACCUUCACAAACGUACCGUUGAGCGACACAUCGAAACGCGAGCUUGUGCAGACUGAGGACCUCCCCAGCAUACUGGAAGAGGCAAGGGAGGCUCUGCAUUGCAAUUGGUGCUACGAACAUUGUCACAGAUGGCUUUUCUCGAGCUGUGGAACAAGCUAGGAUUGCUGAGCGUGUCUUUGGGGUACCUCAACCUGUACUGCACGUUGACCGCCCGGAACAGAAUGCAGAAGACGGGUACAAGACAAGCUCCUCGCCUCGACUCACAAAGCUCUGAAUAUCUUCGACAACUCGUAUUUACAGCAGACUUAACGCUCUGAUUGUUCGAGACCACCAAAAUGAG